AUUACAAAAUAAAUGAAAAUGAGAAGACCAAAGUCAAAGCAAAGGUCGCAAGUUUUCUGUUUAUAAGUUAUUUGUGUGAUUAAUCCUCUAUUUGCCUUAGUCAUUGAACAUAUUUGCUAGUAUUCGGUAUUCAUGCAGCCAUAGCUAAUCAGUUAUCAGUAAUUCUCAUUUUUAACUUCGACUUCGACGCAAUAGGUGUAUGAAAUCGAUUAUUUUCCAGCUGUAACUCAUGCCGAGACUCUAGCUUAUCAGUUAAUCCAGUGCUGAAGUUAAUAAGUGUAGUCGUGGUUUACAAGCAAAAUGGGUAACAAAUCGUCUUUGAUGCUGAGGGAAGAGGAAAUUGCGCAAAUCCAAGAUGAAACUGGGUUUACACCAAACCAGAUUGAGCGUCUAUAUUCCCGGUUCACUGCAUUAGACAAAAAUGACUGCGGCACAUUAUCCAGGGAAGACUUCCUCCGCAUCCCAGAGCUGGCUAUAAACCCCUUGAGUGAGAGGAUUGUCCACUCAUUCUUUGCUGAAAGUCAUGAUGACAGAGUCAAUUUCCUACAGUUCAUGAAAGUGCUGGCACACUUCCGUCCUAUAAGGAAGAACAGAGAGAAUAGACUUAACAGCAGAGAGGAGAAAUUGAGAUUUGCUUUCUCGAUGUACGACCUGGACAGUGAUGGUAAAAUCUCAAGAGAUGAACUACUAGCUAUUUUACACAUGAUGGUUGGCGUAAAUAUAAGUGAGGAGCAACUAACUAGUAUUGCGGAGAGAACAAUACUAGAAGCAGAUACUAACAACGAUCAAAUGAUAUCCUUCGAAGAGUUCUGCCGAGCUCUAGAGAGGACCGAUGUGGAACAGAAAAUGUCCAUCCGUUUCCUUAAUUGACCUCCACACUUGUGAACUUAAUGCAUCACAAAGCCAUGACUUUAAUGGUUAUUAACAAAUAAAUAAAAAUUAAUGAAGUCAAAGCACCAGAAUUGAUACUUAAGACUAGAAUUGUGUUUUUUUUUGGAUUUUUUAAGUACACUAUGUUAAAAUUAUCUAACUUCUGAACUUUGCAGCACUUUGUAGGAUGUGUUCUUUGCAUGUCCUGCAAAGUGUUGCUCUGUAUGAUGAUGAUUUUUACAUUUAGAUUGUUUUAUUAAUAUUCAGCGGUUGUCAAUUUUUUGGACUCAUUUAAAAUAUAUAGCUAAUACAUAUUAAUGUUGUUGUAAAGUAGAUUAGAAAGGUUAGCUUUAGUUGUACUUGAAAAUAAAGGGGUAUAAGUGGUAUAAAACACUUAAUAUUAAUAGUUGUGUAGAUAGAAAAAUGCUUAAUUAAUGUAAUUCCUAUUUAUUAAUAAUUAAAAUGUUAAAAAUAUAAUUUAAUUUUUACAGAAUUAAGAAUAGACUCAAUUUGACAAGAUACAAGAUUGUCAUGGUGUUAUUUUGUGAAAGUUCUCUUAAAACAAGGUUCAAUUUGAAUAUGGAAUAAUUGAUUUAUUUUGCUAUUAUCCGCUAAAAUCUGACGAAUAACAAAAUAAAUGAAUUAUUCAGAUUACUGUAAUGUAUAAAUAUAUUUUUUGUAGAGUUUUAAUGAAAGGAGAGAUUGAAAUAGCUGGGCAAAAAAAUCUGUGGGCAUUGCCAUACUUGCAUUUUUUAAUUUUUUUUUUAACAAACUUUAAUGUUCUUUUUUACUUGCCGCCGAUUUCAGUAGCAAAACUCUAAAUUAAGUAAUAUGCUGUCGCUGUAAAAACAAACUUAUAAAACAUUAAUGAAAUGAAUGAAAAACAUUUAAAAUAAUCUCGUGAUACUAAUUCACAAUAAUCUAUAUAAUCACAAAUUAUGUUAUUCAUUAUUAAAGCGCAAAUUUGAAUUAGAUUUUUUAAUUUAGAUUUGUUUAUUGAAAAAUAGUAAUUUAAUGAAAAACAAAUAGGUAAAUGCUAAACUUGUUUUAAUUGAUUAAAGCCUAGAAAUGUAUAGGUACAAACAAAUAAUGAUUUAUCAAUAAAGAUAUUAUAUUUUUAA